UCUUUGAAUGAGGAUUCGAAAAAACGCGAAGUUUUCCCCUCUUCUACACACUUGUUCUUCUUCAUUGCUAAAAAAUGGUUCAUUUACAGUGGAAAAUUUUCAAGCGCAUGUUUGUCAGCUUAACCAGUCUCCAUGGGAUGUGAUCCCCUUUCACUCCACCAACUCAAUCCAGUUCGAAGAUGAAGAUACCAUCAAAACUGGGGAUUUUCAUAGAGCUUUCGAUGAAAGUGUUGUGUCAAUGAUGGAUACUGAAGAUGCUGAUACUAAUAAACAUGCGAUAGAAAUUUUUAAUACAACUGUGCUUGAGGAGGAUAAUACUAAGAAGGUGGUUAAUAUUAAUAACAAUGGUGCUGGCAAAGAUUUGAAGAGCGACAACAUUGCUGUGGGGCCGCCGCGACGCGGAAGAGGCCGACCGAAGAAGGCAUUAGGUUUGAGUUCGAAUAAUAAUAAUGAUUUCUAUUAUUAUUCUGGAUUCGGUCCAUUGUGGGGAAAGAGAAGAGGUGAUAGUGAUAAUAAAAAUGGUGGUAUACCAUUAGGUUCUGGUGAGGAUAAGGUUAAGGUUAAUGUUGGUGUUGAUGUUAAUGUUGUUCCUUGUUAUUCCGAGAAUGAUAUUGAGGAGUUGGAUUAUGUUGAUGAUUAUGAUGAUUAUGAUGAUAAUGAUAAUGGGAAGAGAAGGAUGAGGAAACCAGUGAAAGAAAGGUCAUUGAAAUCAUUAAUGUGAAUUUUGAGGAACAUGCUUGUGAUAGUGUGUAGGUAGGAAUUGCAGAUAAAUGAUUAUUGUUGUUGUAAUAAUUUUGGAUAAUGUUUUAGGUUGGAUUAUGAAUCUUUGUCCAUUUUUUAACCAUUAGGGUUAUGUUAUAAUGUUGUA